AUGGAACUAGAUAGAUUUUCUCAACUGAAACGUGCUAUACGGUCCAUUGCCUACGUGUACCGAUUCAUAAGCAACAUCAAGAAGAAGCUAGCAAGACAGGAGUUAUUCGUGGGUCCAUUAUCCUCAGAAGAGCUACGAAAGGGAGAAAGUCUACUAAUCCGCGAGACACAGUGGCAAUGCUUCCCAGAUGAGAUGGUGAUCUUGAAAAGCAACCAGACGAAACAUCCAAAUGAGCGAAUCUAUGUGGGAAAAAGCAGCGCUCUCUAUCAGCUAUGUCCAAUCUUAGACGAACAAGGCAUCAUUCGAAUGGAUAGUAGAAUAGCGGAGGCUCCAAAUGUCGGAAAGGAGAUGAAGUUUCCAGUAAUCCUUCCUAGAAGUCACAAGUUCACUACCUUGCUGCUGGAAUAUUAUCACCGUAAGUACCGACACGGUAACACCGAAACUGUCGUGAACGAAGUUCGUCAGCUGUAUUAUGUUCCGAGACUUAGAAGGGCGAUUAACAGCGUGGCCAAAGCGUGCCAGUGGUGUCGCGUGUACAAGAGCUUACCGCAGAUUCCCCGCAUGGCGCCACUCCCGUUAGCCAGGAUGGCGUCAUUCGCCAGACCCUUUACGUAUACUGGCCUGGACUUUUUUGGACCGUUGACGGUGAAGGUCGGUAGAAGCAACGCUAAACGCUGGAUAGCCGUUUUCACGUGUUUGACAAUACGGGCAGUGCACAUCGAGGUGGCUCAUAAUCUCACUACGGACUCGUGCGUCAAAUGUAUUCGACGCUUCAUCUGCCGCCGAGGUGCACCGGCCGAGAUCUAUUCAGACAACGGCACGAAUUUCGUGGGAGCCGCUAGACUACUGAAGGAGCAAAUUGAGGACCUGGCCGUAACUUUCACUGGGACCACUACCAAUUGGGUAUUCAAUCCGCCUGGAACUCCACACAUGGGUGGAGCCUGGGAGCGGAUGGUCCGCUCUAUCAAAGUGGCGGUGGAGACGUCGUACAACAACCAUCGCAAGCUGGAUGACGAAGCGUUGAUUACAUUCAUGGUGGAAGCCGAAGCUAUCGUUAAUACACGACCACUAACGUAUUUGCCACUAACGUCGGACGAGAGCGAGGCACUCACACCGAACCAUUUCUUGCUGGGAAACUCGUGUGGCGUUCGGCAACCAGUGGUCGAGGCAACCGAUGCAGCGCAAGGUAUACGGUCGUCAUGGCAUCAAGUACAGCACCAGCUGGAUGUGUUUUGGAGAAGAUGGAUCAUGGAGUACCUUCCCACACUGACUAAGAGGCCAAAGUGGUGUGGUGAAGCAAAACCUUUAACGGAGGGUCAGUUAGUGCUGGUAGUUGGAGACGGGAAACGAAACGAAUGGAUAAGAGGCAGGGUGGUUAAAGCGAUUCCCGGGGCGGAUGGGAGAAUUAGGCAGGCUAUGGUUCAAACUGCGAGGGGUCUUGUGCGUAGGCCAGUGGCUAGACUAGCGGUACUUGAGGUGGAUGAAGUUGGUAAGACUGGACCUGGUGGCCAGUAUUACGGGGGAGAGGAUGUUAACACUGGCAGCACUGCUGGUCACGCUAAUGUGACGGCCGAUACGGCAGGUUGACCCGUUGACAGACCUGUCAGGAUGACGGAGGAUGACAUGUAGAUGAAGGUAACCUGUCUACUAUUGAUUCGGCUUCUUGCUGUUUAUUGAAACGAAAACGUGCAGCGAACGGUAUCAUUUCAGAAAGGUGAACUAAUUAAAUAUUGUUGUUCAGGAAACUUUUAUAAAAAUUGAAUUCAUCCUACAGCUAAAUACGAGCUAAAUAUCCUUAACUAAAAUUAGUGGUUUGUUCUCUAUAAAAUCGUGUGAAUUCCAUGCAAUUAGACACACACGGAACACAUAUAGUACGGUAGAACUGUCCUUAAAGCUAUACGUGCAAACAGAUUUAUCUAAAGCUACGUUACAACCAACUCUAUCAAGUGUUGUAAUUUGCUGAACGAAAAUCUACUUGUGGCGGACGUUCUUAACCCUACAAACAUCGAGAACAGGCUGGUCCCAU